CCUUAGACCCAGCCCCAGAGGAGCGUGUGUGUGGGGGGGAUGGAAGUGGGAAGUGGAAAUUUACAGUCCCGAGUCAGUAUCUGGAGAGUUGGUCCGCGGCUACGAGGCUGUGCCCAAUCUCCACAUAGGAUUUAAUUGUCUUUAUCUGAGGGGCGUGCCUCGCUGUCAACUCCAUUUCUUGUGAGCUGUGUUGGCAUAAAGGCAUUCAGUACAGAGGAAUGUAGAUAGCUGAGAGAGAAGCACACUACACAUAGCCACACCAUGAAGGAAAUGUAAGUCCUUGGAAUUACUCAACUGGAAUUAGAAAAUAGCCUUAUCUUAAUAUUUAUGUUUUUUUUGGAUGCUUUUUGUUUCAACUGAAUAAGCAAUUUCAUAAUGGCACAGAAAGAGAAGCUCCAAAGUCUGAAAGAUUUCCACAAGGACACGCUGAAGCCUUCGCCAGGGAAGAGCCCGGGCACGCGGCCGGAGGAUGAGGCCGAGGGCAAGCCCAUCCAGAGGGAGAAGUGGGCCAGCAAGCUAGACUUUAUCUUGUCCGUGGCUGGAGGCUUUGUCGGUUUAGGGAACGUGUGGCGCUUCCCGUACCUCUGCUAUAAGAAUGGUGGAGGUGCGUUUCUCAUCCCUUACACCAUCUUCCUGUUUGGUGGAGGCCUGCCGGUGUUCUUCCUGGAGGUGGCUCUGGGCCAGUAUACCUCUGAGGGAGGCAUCACCUGCUGGGAAAAACUCUGCCCCAUCUUCACAGGUAUUGGCUACGCCUCCAUUGUGAUCGUCUCUCUCCUGAACAUUUACUACAUAGUGAUUCUAGCCUGGGGACUCUACUACCUAUUCCAGUGCUUUCAGCCGGAGCUGCCCUGGGCCAAAUGCAAUCAGCCAUGGAACACAGACCGGUGUGUGGAGGACACAUUCCGCAAGAACACGACCCUGAUGCUGGCUGCCAACAUCACCAACUUCACCUCCCCCGUCACUGAGUUCUGGGAACGCAACGUGCUGAGCAUCUCUUCUGGGAUCGACGACAUCGGGCCCCUAAAGUGGGACCUAGCCCUGUGUCUCCUGGCAGUAUGGAUCGUCUGCUUUUUCUGCAUCUGGAAGGGAGUCAAGUCCACUGGGAAGGUGGUGUAUAUCACAGCAACUUUCCCUUUCGUCAUGCUUAUCGUGCUGCUGGUGCGUGGAGUGACUCUGCCAGGGGCAUCCGAAGGGAUCAAAUUCUAUCUCUACCCCAACCUGACCCGCCUACAGGACCCAGAGGUGUGGAUCGACGCGGGAACCCAGAUAUUCUUCUCCUACGCCAUCUGUCUGGGGGCUAUGACGUCACUGGGGAGCUACAACAAGUACAAAUACAACUGCUACAGGGACUGUUUGCUGCUGGGAGGCCUGAACAGCGGUACCAGUUUUGUGUCUGGCUUCGCAAUAUUUUCCGUCCUGGGCUUCAUGGCACAAGAGCAAGGGGUGGACAUUGCCGAUGUGGCAGAGUCAGGUCCUGGCCUGGCCUUCAUUGCCUACCCUAAGGCUGUGUCCAUGAUGCCCAUGCCCACGUUCUGGGCCAUUCUGUUCUUCAUCAUGCUUCUGCUACUGGGCCUCGACAGUCAGUUUGUCGAAGUGGAAGGACAGAUCACCUCCCUGGUGGAUCUAUAUCCAUCCGUCCUACGUAUGGGUUACCGCCGUGAAAUCUUUAUAGCUGUGAUGUGUUGCAUAAGCUAUCUUCUGGGACUUACCAUGGUAACGAAAGGUGGCAUGUAUGUCUUUCAACUCUUUGACUACUAUGCAGCCAGUGGUGUGUGCCUUUUGUGGGUUGCAUUCUUUGAAUGUAUUGCUGUAGCCUGGGUUUAUGGCGCUGAUAAUUUCUAUGAUGCGAUUGAAGACAUGAUUGGCUACCGACCUAACCCGUGGAUGAAAUGGAGCUGGACCUUUAUCACUCCCGUCCUCUGUGCAGGUUGCUUUAUCUUCUCAUUGGUGAAGUACAAGCCCCUGACCUAUAACAAGGUGUAUGAGUACCCAGACUGGUCUAUCGGCCUGGGCUGGUCUCUGGCCCUGGCCUCCAUGAUCUGCAUCCCCAUGGUAAUGGUCAUCAAGAUCCUCCAGUCCGACGGACCGCUCAUAGAGAGGAUUAAGGCAGUGGCUGCCCCAGUAAAGGGAGGUGCGAGUUCUCGCCCCAAAGAGUACAGUGUGAAGGGCAGCGAGCUGACCCAGCCUCUGAACCCCAAUGGGAACAACAUCCUGAUCAAGCCCACCCACACCAUUGUAGAAACGAUGAUGUGAGCACUCUCUGUGAGAGGAAAUACUGAUUGGCGUGCUGUCUAUGUUAUUAUCAUAUAUUUGCUAACUUUGAUAGUGGUAGAACCAGGUUUAAAUUGUUCUAUAUAUCCGCACUAGGAAUAUUCUGGUUUGGUUUCUAUGAUGAUGAUGAUGAUGAAGAGAGUUAUAUACUGUAUAUAUAUAUAUUGUUGUUGGGUUGUUGUUUUUUAUCUUGGUAAUUUAAAAAAAUCGUAUUGUUGUUGUUACCGUUGUUGCUGUAGUGGGUGGCGAUCUCAGUUUAGGCAGUAUUUUGAGAUAGAACAACAUGUUCUAUGUUAACUACCUUUCUGUUGAUUGUGGAGAAUUUUCACUCAACACAAAUACAGUAAACUGAACGUGUAACUAACCGUGUAACAUGUUAGGUAGCAAACUAU